UAAUUAUGAGUCUCAAAAAAAUAAUCGAUGUAAAAUCAGUUAACACUCUUCUGAAAAAAGGAAUUAUCAAUAAAGAAGGAGUGCGGAUCAUUGAUUGCUCAUUUGCUGUGGCGCCGCGUCCAGAUUGGAAAGAAUUCGAACAAGAGGGUUAUGGCGAUUUCAAGAAUCUCAUGGCUGAGCCCAGCCCGUCCCGGAACUUGUACCUGGCUGGACACAUUCCGGAAGCUGUGCAUGUGGACCUGGACAUUGCCACAUAUCCAUCUCGUUAUCAAAGAUUCCAACAAUACCGCGCGGAUCUUUUCGAAGAAUAUGCUCAAAUGGUUGGAUUGAACAAUAAAGAACAUUUCAUCUUUUACGGAAAAGGAGCAUUUGGUGGAAUGCUUUUUGCUUCAAAGGUUGCUUGGAUUUUCAAAUCCUAUGGCCAUGAAAACAUUUCUCUUGUCGAUGGAGGAUUUGAUUCAUGGAAAAGAAAUGGAUUUGAAGUAUCUACAGAACUCGUAAAAUUGCCUGCAGGAAACUUUAAAGCUGAAGAUAAUUUCAAAAAAUAUGUCAUCACAUUCCAAGAACUCGAAGCUAAAAAAGACGGCGAAGAUAAACAGUUUAUCGAAAAAACAUCAGAAAUUAACUUUCUGGACAGCAGAAUUCGUGGUCAAUUCGAUGGAACUCAAGAGACCGGUCUUGAUCCACAUCUUGUAAACGGCACUAGAAUCGCUGGUUUCAAAAAUCUACCUAGUGCAGAGCUUCUUGUGAAAGGCGGAAAUUUGAAAAGUGAAGAAGAAAUCAAGUCAUGGCUCACUCAAAACGGAUAUGUUGAAAAUCAACCGACAAUCACAUCCUGUAAUGCUGGAAUUCAAGCAGCACUUUUGGCGUACGUAAUCGAUGCUGUGAAGCCAUCACAGAAUCCUCCCCGCGUAUAUAAUGGAUCCUUAAAAGAGAUGGAGCUUCGAGCACCGAAGAAAAUUUCGGAGGGACCACAGCAUUUGCCUCAUUAAUGUUUAGUUUUGUAGGAUUUUUCUUUUAUUCAAUUUUCAUAGAUAGAUAUUGUUGUUAUUUUGUUUCUUACUUCAUAAAAUUUUGGAAUAA